AUGGCAACGAGCCACGGCACACCUGCUGCACCCACGACAACCCUUUUGUCACCCGGACCAGUCACCUCGAAGAUCACGCCCUGCGCCAUCAUCUCCCAGGUUCUUGAUGCAAUCGAGAUUGCAGCUAGAGCUCUGCCGGAUGCCAUACCAGAAGCUGUAGAAGCUGACGAGCUGACAUUCUUCGCAACUCGGCCACCGCGCAGGAGGAACAUCAACAAUAAAGACCGGAUGGAUGUGCUGUGCAAUAAGCUUGAGGAGCUCUUCGAGAAUGGCUGGAGCACCGAAGAUAUGGCGGCGCUCAUGUGUUGUGGGACAGAGGGCGUCGGCACGCUCGUUGCAUAUACGCACGAGGUACAUGCCGGCUUCGACCUGAAUGGUUACGGUGUUGACCAUUUGCUCCGACGGUGCUAUCGAGCUAUGAAGACCCUAAUUCCGUAUCAAGAUGACCUUCCCAGCACACCGCCACCAUAUGAUUGGCAGACCAAAGAAUGUGUGGAUGCUGGCCCCAAGGAGGUUAUCGACAUGUAUAGUGACAUGGAAGAUGCUGGUGAACCGGGCUCGCCUCUCCACAAGAGCAAGGAGAAGCAAGUGCUUUGCCAGACGUUUGAGUGCCCUGGCAUUAAGGUCAACUUCCCAGACGGUCAAAUCCAUCAUACUUUGUACCCCUUUGCUUUGCAUCUUGUGCUCUCAUUGCCGUGGGACUAUGCGUCGAGGAAGAAUGAGUUCUUCGUCUAUGCGACGGGCUGUUUGGGUGGCGAGAACCUUAAGGAGGGGCCGUGUGCCGCGUGUUCCGAGCUUGAGGAUGACAAUACCCUCUUGAAUAUUGUCCGACGCUUCACGACUGGCGUCCACGAUAAUAGUCAACUUGCAUACCAUGGAAUUGCAAUCUUAAUGGAGAAGUAUUGCUGCAAGCUCAAGGCGUACAACCGGUUACGGCUGCAGAGCAUGAAUCAGGCGCGCAAGCUAGUUGGCCGUGAUACUGUCAUCAAUGCACAUAAGCAGCUUGUUCAUAAAAUUGCAUCAAAUAACAUUAAAUGUGUCGACCGCGCUCUUCAUGCGAGCAUUAAUCAUCGCGAAGGCGUACACACAACCAUUGAACAAAUACAGAAUGCAGCUAAAGGCAUGUACAGUGCGAAGGGCUUCAAUCAAGCUGAUCGCCAUGCUGGCAUACUCCUGCAAUGUCUUGGCGGCCAGCAGGUUGCUGACAUUGUGCACCGUAUCUACGGCAGCCCCGCCGCGAAGACCUCCCAGGCCAAUUGUUCUAUACCUCCCCUCACACCCUCCCCCUCCACUCCCACUGCUACAGAAAUCGAGGUGAACAUUCUAGAGUCCUUUAGCAACAUCCUCGAGCUACUAUCAAAGUACAACGUACUGCAUACCGUGGCCAUGGUUGAUGAGGUCACAACGGAGAAGCGGCCGCGCUGGUGGGAGAAGCUCAAUAAGUUUCUCGGGCUCUGUUGCAAGCACACAAAAACACGGAGCCUGGAGUAUGCGAGUGCGGAGGACAUGGUGGUGCUGUUUGAAGACCUGCGAGCUGGCAAGGUUCAUCUCACGAAGGAGGUGCGUUGA